GACGUUCAAGUGGUUGAACGCAUCCACAGAGAAAAUCGUCUGUUAUCUCUGUUAUCGUACUACUGCUUGUUUCGCUGUUUUCACUUUUCGAUGAAUCCAGUGUUAUUUUGUCGAGUGUAAUUUUAAAAGAACAAAUCACUUGUUGGUUCCGCCAUUUUGUAAUCGCACCAAGUCGGAUAUGAAGAUGACGUGAACGCAACCAGCGUCACCGCGUUCACUUCAAAUCGAACACGUUUUAGCGUUAUUAGCGUUAUUAACGCUAUUAACGCUGUCAGCGUCCAUGCGUCCAAGUAUAGAAUGUACCCUGCGUCGUAGUUGGAAAGCUCAAAGCUCCCUUGUUUUCCUAAAAAAUUGUUAUCAUCCGCGCAUCAAGCCUCCAGUUUCGUUUCGUGGUCGUAAAAUAAAUUAAAACUAUAAGGACCUCUUUUCUUAUUGAUGCUCACUCUUUAUACCUACCAAAAGAGCCCACGUAAUAUUUUCGUAAUAAAAGUAUAUCAGUAGUGAGGAACAAAUAGACGUACGGUUCCAAGAGUGAUUAAAGUUAUUAUCGAGAAACAAUGCCAAAACGCGAAAUUUGUAGGUUAUAAACGUUGUUCCGGAUGGCAUUAACGUCCAUGGUGUCAACUCCAUCGAAACUGACCACGAGUCAGUUCAAAUGUCUCGUCAAGUGUGCAAAUCGAAACAAGUACCGCGAAUUUUUCAACAUCGCAACCAGCCGUUUCGGAACGUCGUGAAAAACGUCGUAUGGACAUCCUCUGAGGUUUCAUGCGUCGAGGGUGGUAUCGUAAAUCCACAGAUUCCAACAUAUUGCAAUUUCAGCCAAAAUACAACUGACAGUUCUAAUAACCAUUUGAAUAUUCAGAAAAAAAAAGAUGAUCGCAAACUUCAAAAUAAUGUGGACGAUACAACAAAGAUUUCGGACACUACGGUUCUCUCUGAAGAUGCCAAAGGAGAAAGACCGCUAUUAGAAAAAAAUACUUCCAGCACGGUUGAUGAUAUUGAAAAAUGGCUGAAAACGCGAACAGAGUCAGUUUCCAGCAUAGAACUAGAUGCAAUGAAAUCCGUUGUCGAAGCAGAGACCGAAGAGGAUCGAAGUACCGGCGUAGAUGGUUAUCUUGCUGAUGAUUUACCUCAUGCUUUCCUUGGCAAGGCUCCUGAUGGUUUGUCCAUUGACAUUGAUCUUUCUGACAAAAAAUUGAAUCUCGACUAUGAUCCGUUGCUCAGAGAACUUCAGAGCCACAAACUGUUGGAAGUUUGUGAGAAAAAUGAUGAUUUCAUAAUGCCAGAAUUCAGGCUCGAUCAUCUUGAUCCUCUAGUUCUUUCGCCUCAUGAUAUGAUGGUUGCUGGUGAAAUUUUGCCCUCCGCUAGUCAUCAAUCUGGUUCACCUGUCUCUACACACCUAGAGAAUAAUCUUAAGACUAGUGAUGCAAGAACGAACAAUGAAAAUUCCGAGUACUCGGAAACGGAAGAACUUGUUGACAAACCUAUACAGGUAGAUUACAAUCUGUCUGAAGAUCUCGAAGAAUUAGGUGAAGCAGAAAACAAUGAUAACUCGAUGAGCCAUCAAGAAAUAGUAUCUCCAAAUGGACAAAUAUUGCAGCCGAAAGCCGUUCAAAUCUUUGAUGAGACUCAAAGCUUCGAUAAUAUAGAAAAAGGAAAAGCGAAAUCAGAAUCAAGAGUGAUGAAACAAAAGAGAAAAAUAAGACCGAAACCAGUGGAAAAUCAAAUUACUUUCUUAGGAGAACCAUGCCAUAUCGAUGGAAAAGAUAGUGUUAUGGCUGUGGUUGCUAUAUCUACCGAUAAAAUUUCAAACAUGACACAAAUUGUGAUAAAUACUGGUAUGGAUGAACAGAUUUACCAAGGAAAAACAUCCGAACUUAUCGAAGCAACUGGCAAUUUUCCUAGAAUUUCAAAACUGGAUAUGGAAAACAGCGAAUUGACAAUAAGAGACAGACCUCAUGAAAGAAUGGUUUCUAAAGCACUCGAGGAACUUGGAAUUACCGACGAAUCUUUGGAACCAGCUUUGAUUCAUGAAAGUGGCAGAACUUGGCUGUGUCCUUGGGACGAAUGCAAUCGAGAAUUCUGCAAAUUGCAUGCUCUUAAAACUCACUUACUUGCCCAUUUUGGUGUACGACCUUUCAAGUGCGACUACGAAGGUUGUACAUGGGCUUUCCAUUCGGAAUUCAAGUUGAAGCGUCAUAAAGAAACGCAUUUGAAACGUAAGAACUUUGUGUGCGAUGUGCCCGGUUGCAAUCGUCGUUUUACAACAAUCUACAAUCUUUGGAGUCAUGAAAAACUGCACACACGACCAAAUCGAAUAGUAUGUCAGGUACCAGAUUGUCAAGAAAAAUUUCAGACGAAACGCGCGCUGGAAUUGCACAUGAAAAAUCACGAUCAGAGUCACGCUCCGUACAUGUGCAACCAUGAGGGUUGUGGCAAGCGUUAUUAUACGAGCAACGCAUUAACGUCGCAUCAAAGAUGUCACAAUUACAAAGAGAUUGACGUUAGAUGUUCGUGGCCGGGUUGUGGAAAGUUGUUCGACAAACCUUGUCGUUUAAAGGCACACGUGAGGUCGCAUACUGGAAGUAAGCCUUACACCUGUACUUAUCAGGAUUGCCCAUGGGCAUUUCCCUCUUCGAGUAAGCUCAAAAGACAUCAGAAAAAGCACACGAACGAGAGAAAAUUCGUAUGUAACAUCGAAGGUUGUGGCAAAGCAUUUAUGCGCUCGGAACAUCUUAAAGAGCAUUUAUUGACUCACGCCGGAGGUGGAUAUUUUCAAUGUUACAUGUGCGAUGCACAUUUCUCAGCGAAAAGCAGUUUAUACGUACAUAUAAAGAAGCAUCAGAUAAAAGAAGCUGUAAAUACGAUCACCGAAAACGUCCCAAAAGAUUCUAAGCAACGAGUCAAUGAUGCUGAAGAGCCGGGAGAAAAUUGCAGCAUGCAAACCGUCGUUGUCAAUGACGUGACUGAUCCUGCCAUCGACGGAAAAGAGCUCGAAAAUACAAAUUAUUUACAAACAGAGAGCAUUGACGUGUCUGAGAGAUCGGUAAAAAAAGAACACAAGGAUUUUUCGUAUAGUUGUGGCAUGGAGGGAUGUGGAAAAUCAUUCAAAACAUUAUCGAACCUUGCGAAUCACAUGAUAGCGAACCACGAAAGCUCGAUUAUCGAAGAUUACGAGUCACCGAUCGGAGUCGUCGCUCCUUCCGAGACUUCCGAUCUUGAUUAUAUUCUUUACGCGACUCCCGGUGCUAAUUCAAAAGGUCUGUGUCGAACUAUGUUGCUCGAAUCUUGUGAUGCCAUUAUUAUGAACGAAUCACCGAAAAACGUAGAGUGUUUACCGGAACCCGAACCACCGCCUCUUCAUUCUGCGUCCUCUUCUCUCCCACCUUCUCCUCCCGCUGCGUCUUCCGUCGAGGAAAAUUCAAGACUAUCCGAAAGUUCCUAUCGCGUCACUGGAGAAAAACAAAAGUUAGAUCAACAAAUACGCGUUAGGAAAACUUGCCAAGGCUCCGCAAGAACUGGACUAACCUGCGAAGAUGUUUGGAAAUUGAAGGGUAAAACGAACGUCACGGAAACGACGAAUGUCGGGGCUACUGAUGUCGUUCUCGGCGAAGCCAAUCUCAACGAAGCUCUGUUGCUCACAGAAGAAUUACCCUCAAUGUUUUAUCAAGACGACAUUGUAGGAACCGAGUGCCAAAUUUUGUUACUCGACGGUGGAAAUUCGGAAAAUGCUAUUGAUUUACGUGGCCUCGAGUAAAAUGGAUUUAUCAAGAGACUCGAUGACUCUCAUUGAAGCUUCUAUUGUUGAAAUUCAACAAAAAUUCCACCCUCAUUGAUCGAUAUAACAAACAACAAGAUUGCAAAGUUUUUCACGCUGAUUUUGGCUGUGGAUUCUCCCGAAUAAAGGAGACUCUAAAAUAAGUAUGACUAAAUUUCAGACACUGAAUCCGCAGAGAUACUGUGAUGAAUUUUUUUUU